GGGGCUACCAUCGCUACGAUUCAUGUCUCGGGGCAGCAGUCGCCUGGCUUCCAGCUGAGGUAGCGAGCGGGAGGUUGUCACCACCUCGGGUUCUCUCUCCUCUCUCUCUCCUCUCGCCUCCCUCUCUGCCCGCCGUCAUGGCGAGCGCGCUGGUCAGGGUCCCCCACGCCUCGCUGGGCCGGUGGUGCCGUGCGGGAGGCGCGGCACUGCCCGCGCGGAGACGGAGCGGAGCCGCCUCGGAUCCCGGCUACGAGUUCCUGCAUCGCAGCGUAGUGCCCACCCUGCACUUCCAGCCCAGCCUGCCCCGGUUACCCAUCCCAAAGCUGGAGGACACCGUCAGGAGGUACCUGGCUGCACAGCGCCCCCUGCUGAACGAUGAGGAGUACAGUCAGACGGAGCGCAUCGCCCGCAAGUUUGAAGCCGGGGAUGGCCAGGAGCUACACAAGGAGCUGCUGGCGCUGGACAAGCAGAACAAGAAGAGCAGCUACAUCUCGGGCCCUUGGUUUGACAUGUACCUGGCGGCGCGCGAGCCCGUGCUGCUCAACUACAACCCGUUUGUGGGGCUGACGGCCGACAGCCGGCCGGGCUACGGCGGGCAGCUGACGCGCGCCACCAACCUGACCGUGUCGGGGCUGCGCUUCAUGCGCACCCUGCGGGCCGGCGUCCUCGAGCCCGAGGUCUUCCACCUGAACCCGGCGCGCAGCGACACCGACUCCUUCCGCCGCUGGGUGCGCUGGCUGCCUUCCUCCCUGUCCUGGUACGGCGCGUACGCGGUCAACGCCUACCCGCUUGACAUGUCGCAGUACGGCCGCCUCUUCAACUCCACGCGGCUGCCCCGCGCCGACCGGGACGAGCUCUUCACGGAGCCCACCGCACGCCACCUGCUGGUCAUGCGGCGCCAGCAGCUGUUCGCGUGCGACGUCCUGGAUCGCGACGGAUCCAUCCUCCCCGCGGCUCGGAUACAGGAGCGCUUGCGCCGCGUGAUGGCAGAGGCUGACGCGGCGGGAGAGCCGUCGCACCCGCUCGCCUACCUGACCGGAGAGAACCGCGACACCUGGGCCGGCUUGCGCCAGCACCUGCUGGAGCUGGGCAACCAGGAGGCGCUGGCGCUGGUCGACUCGGCCAUCUUCUGCCUGUGCCUGGACGAGGACGGCGCCGAGGGCGCCUCGCAGCAGCAGCAGCAGCAGGGUGAGGAACGAUUGACGGCGCUCGGCGGACGCGACGCGCCGGCUCCCGUGCGUCUGUCGCACCUCAUGCUGCACGGCGUGGGCGGCGACCGCUGGUUCGACAAAUCCCUGAGCCUCAUCGUGGCGGCCGACGGGGAGGCGGCCGUGCACUUCGAGCACUCGUGGGGCGACGGCGUGGCGGUGCUGCGCUUCAUCAACGAGAUUUACAAGGACUCGCUGAAGAGGCCGGCCGUGUCUCCCGAUGACGCGCCGCCCUCCUCCGACGUGGAACAGUCGUCCGUGCGACGUCUCGAUUUCCGUCUGGACGACGCGAUGAAGGCGGCCGUGGACGCCGCUCGCCGGCAGUUCCACCGGACGGUGUCCGGCCUCGUCAUUCACGCCAUGGAGUUCGACAAGUACGGGAAGAACUUCCUCAAGAAGCAGAACGUGUCCCCGGAUGCCGUGAUGCAGCUCGCCUUCCAGAUGGCGUUCUUCCGCGAGCACGGCCACGAGGUGGCCACCUACGAGUCGUGCAGCACCGCCGCUUUCCGCCACGGGCGCACCGAGACCGUGCGGCCGGCGACGAGCGCCACGCGGCGCUGCACGCGCGCCUUCGUCCUGGGCCGCGACGAGGCCGGGGCAGGCGCAUCGCCGCCCGGCGUGGCCGAGCUGCGGGCCAUGUUGGAGGAGUGCUCGCGCUACCACGGGAAGCUCACGCGCGAAGCCGCCAUGGGCCAGGGCUUCGACCGCCACCUGUUUGCGCUGCGCAAGCUGGCGUCGGAGCGCGGCGGCUCGCUGCCGGAGCUGUACCGCGACGAGGCGUACGCCCGCAUCAACCACAACGUGCUGUCCACCAGCACGCUCGCCAGCGACGCCGUGCGGCUCGGGGGCUUCGCGCCCGUGGUGCCCGACGGCUUCGGCCUGGGCUACGGCAUCCACGCGCACGCCAUGGGCUGCAACGCGAGCGGCUACGCGGGGGGCGGCCGCGACGUCGCCCACUUCCUCAAGACCCUGCGCGUGAGCCUGGAGCAGAUCGGCGCCGUGCUGGAGGGCCGGCCGAUCGCGUGAGGGUCGCCACCCCCCCACCCCCCUCCCCCUGUGUGGGCGCGUUUUCUGAAGACGUAGGGCUCGGCAGGGGGGCGGUGGGAAGCUGCCAGGAUGAGUUGUCGGAACUAGACGAGUCGCUACUGCGCAGGUUUUCGCGGUUGUGCUGUAUGUGGCCCCCUUCCGUCCCCCCUCCCCUCCUCCCGCCACCAAUGUGAUUUCGGGUUGUACCACGCGGUCUUCGUUGGGCACAAUGUCCGACGUUUCGCGACACGUGCUGAGAACUUCUUCAGCAACUGAUUUUAGAAGCUUCCUUGCACGUGGAACGGAACAACGGUCAGUGCGCCGAGCAACACGCUGUGACAAUGUGAAAGCGUGUCGUCAAAAUGGCAGGAUACAAAUAUAAAGGAGACGGUAAACACGGGACGAAAACAAAAUGAAUUAUCGAGUCGUGACUGCGAAUCGUGACGGGCAAUUGAACGGCUGAGGUCAGGGGAGGGGAAUGGGGAGUUCACCGUUGCGUGACUGGGGCCUCGGUCAUUCCCUGAGGCACAGCCGUGGGAGAAUAUCUCCCACUCAUCCCACGCACGCCUCCCCACUCACGCUCACUCCCGUCCGUCCCUCGUUUCCCAGCCACGCAAACCUCGUCUCCCGCAAUUUGUCCCACUCCCUGCCAUCCAUCCCUUGCCCUCGCGCUGAAAGAAUACAAUUUUAUUUUUCGAUCAUAUAAAUUCCACCACUUAAUAUUACGGAUGGCUGGAGGAUUGGAGGAUAGAGACUGUGAUUGGGUGAUGGGGGAGCAGAGAGAAUGAACGACCUCUAUCUCUCAUCUCCCACACAUCUCUUUUUCCUUGCACUCCUCACACUGGCCAUCAUCUCCCAUCCAACCCAUUACUACCUCCCCAUUAACUCCGUCCGCACUGGGCCCUAGCUGCCAAUUUCAAUGUCAUUAAUUGUCGAUUUUAUGAAUAGUUUUUUUGACUAAAUUAGUUUUUUUUUUAAUCCGCACAACUAACUAGUGUUGUUAAUUCAGAGUUUACUGUAUUGCAAGUGCAUUAUUUUAGAUGGAAAAUGAAUAGCUUUGUAUGUCCAUAUGACAUCCAACAUCUCGGUAAUCGAAAAUGAGCAAUGGGGGGGGGGGUGUGUAGAGAGUUCUCUAAAGCGGCCGUCAAAAACGGCAAAAUGUGACUUCCGUUUGUUCUUGAAACACGUGGCGCCUCCAAAGAAACGCAAACGUGACGAUGUCGCGGCUGCACUGACCACCGCGCCCACAGAGUUGGCGUAAAGGCGCAGAACUUGGGUCCUGUGUCUGUGUAGGCACGUAAGCUGCACUGCCAAAAUAUAAUUGUGUGUGGCUUUGUAGACAUGCUGUGAAUGUACCUUCAACGCUCGCUCGUUCAAACGCACACUCGUCUCUACGGCAAAGCCCCUCUCCGUAGCGUCAUCACGUACCCCACAAAGGGGGGUACGUGAUGGUCCUCGUGCUGUUGUUCCGUUUAUAAAUUUCCAGUGGUCACGAACUGCGUGACAAGUUUGUGUUGAUGAACAUGUUAUCGCACAGCAUAGAAGUACAAUGCAACUUUGGAUUUUGCUGCAAUGUCCUGUGUUGGCAAAAUGGUCCCGAAACAACCAAAUUGGUUUCGAUUUAAAGCUUUCGUGACUGCAGGGAUUCAUCUUCUUGGUUCUUUCGGUAAAGUCACGUAGAAGGGAAGUAAUAAAAUAAUAAAAAUAAAACAUAAUAAAAUAAUUCUCACGACGUUUCGGCUACAACGCAAGCAGCCGUCUUCAGGUGAAGAAUGAGACACUGCCAAGCUCGUGAGAAUUGUUUUAUUAUGUUUUAUUUUUAUUAUUUUAUUACUUCCCUUCUACGUGACUUUACCGAAAGAACCAAGAAGAUGAACCAAAUUGGUGCUUGACAGUCACCCAUGACCACACUAUCCUGGCUAGGCAAAUGUAUAAGAAACUACAGUAUACUCAACAGACAAGUCAUCCUCUUUGGGUCUUUCGGUAAAGUCACGGAGAUAGAAAAAUUAUGAAAUAAAAAUCAUUGUGAUUUUUAUUUCAUUAUUUUUCUAUCUACGUGACUUUACCGAAAGAACCAAAAGAGUAUGAAUUCCUGCAGUCACGACAGCUUUUACGUUAAGAUUUAGACGAGUCAUCUUUUGGCCAAUUGAUCACAUUAUGCUGUACGUGGUUGUACAUUUCAGUGUGUAAAUAAUCUCAGUUGUCAUUCAUUCAAUGAUCACGGUUAAGUUGGUCUCAAGAUUCAUGCGCAGGUCUUUACGGACCGGAUGCUUCACGGCAGAGGUCCGAUUCUGUGAAUGCAGCUCUUUAUCCACCAGUUUAUUCGUGUUGGGGUAGUUUGUAGGUAUAGUACAACGUCACGUAUCCGACACGCUGGAGGACUAAGGUAUAGUCGCAUGUGUGAAGAGGUCGGAUAACUGAACAGAUCUAAAAAUGACGAUCACAUACACAAAUAGGUCACUGGACAAAGAGCUACAAACUGCAGGGGAAGAAGGGUAAUCAUUGCUGCAAGUGCUGUUCACCAGGAAUUAGGAUGAAGAAGAGGUCCAGGUGUGGGAUGUACUGAUUGGAUUUCUUAGUGCAAAAGAUUAUACUAUUAAUAUUUCUUAGACAGGUACAGCCCCGAAUAUGCUGCUGGAUGAGGGCUGUCCCCCACCCCGCUAGGCUUGGCAUGCCAUGGGGAUUAGUUGACCGUAACGUCACCACUGGUUACUGUGGGUUUGUGAAGGUUGGGGAGCAUAGUCCAGGAAGGCAAUCCACUGCUGGGGCAUCUGGAUUUAAGUGAAUAGGUUUGUGAAGGAAGACGCAGAUGUAGGGAUCUCCGCUAAAGUGAUGGCGAUCCUUUUGGAAAUUAUAAGCUACCCGGAGCCUUUGUUGAUGUUUCUUAGGGGAAGAUUGCGUAAAUAUAAAUGUCAUUAAACCCGUCACCACCCGACACGGCCAAUUAGUAAGGUUUGUCACGUAGAUAAAACAUGCCAAUUUAUUACUAGUUCAGCACACACCAGCGUUACUAGUUUAGCAUAAUUUCGAUUUAAAGCUUUCGUGACUGCAGGGAUUCAUCUUGGUUCUUUCGGUAAAGUCACGUAGAAGGGAAAUUAUAAAAUAAUAAAAAUACAACAAUAAAAUAAAAUUCUCACGACGUUUCGGCCACAACGCUGAGGACGGCUGCUUGCGUUGUAGCCGAAACGUGAGAAUUUUAUUUUAUUAUGUUUUAUUAUUUUAUUAUUUCCCUUCUACGUGACUUUACCGAAAGAACCAAGAAGAUAGUUUAGCAUACGCACCGGUGUGCUGAACUCGAAUUUGCAUGUUUUGUUUCCGUGACAAACCUUACUAAUUGGCUGUUUCGGGUGGUGGCAAAUUUAUCGACACAUUUAUAUAUUUACGCGAUCUAACCCCAAAACACCUAUUAUUAUGGAUGAUAUUGGUCGUGAAAGCCUCCGACUACGCGUUAUGCUCACCUUGAGCCUUUUGUCUGAUGUAUCUAUGCAACCCCCCCUGACCCCCCUACUCCGGACGGCGAAGGGCGCGUUCCUUUUCUCUUCAGCUCGUCAUUGGACACGUGUACGUAAGGCUGUACGUAUUCUGGUGAUGCGUCCAAUAAAGCCAAUCGUGUGCAACA